UUUGAUAGUGUUUCUAUGGUGAGAUUUUCUGUUUAUUGGGAAAGUUUUGUUUUAAAAGCGAAGCUGAAUUCAUAUACUUAUGCAUUUGAUCUGGUGAAUUACUUAGCUGACGUUACUUGUGCUUUUCUCUUUCAGGAAAUCCAUGACUUAUUUAAAGAUUAUGAAAUAAAGUAUUGUUAUGUGGACAGAAAUAAAAGAACAGCAUUUGUUACUCUGUUAAAUGGAGAGCAGGCUCAAAAUGCAAUUCAGAAGUUUCACCAGUACUCUCUUCGAGGAAAAGAAAUAUCCGUGCAACUCCAGCCAACAGAUGCUUUGCUGUGCAUUACCAAUUUGCCUAUUUCAUUUACAUUGGAAGAGUUUGAAGAACUCGUGCGUGCUUAUGGCAACGUGGAGAGGUGUUUUUUGGUCUAUAAUGAAGUUACUGGUCAUUCCAAGGGCUAUGGCUUUGUGGAAUAUAUGAAGAAGGACUCUGCUGCGAAGGCGAGACUGGAACUUCUGGGGAAGCAGUUAGACGAGAGCACUCUCUUUGCACAGUGGAUGGAUGUGAACCAGCUGACUACAAAUCUAAUUCACUCCAAGUGCCUUUGUGUAGAUAAAUUGCAAAAGGACUUCUCUGAUUCGAAAGAACUGUUGCAGGCUUUCUCGCUACAGUAUAAACCUGUAUUCUGCCAGUUUGCUCAGGACGAAGAUAGUUGCAUUGGUGACUUUGCAGUGAUCGAGUACGAAACUGCAGAGCAGGCUGAGAAAGUGCAGGAGGCGAUGGACGGCACGGUGAUCAAAGGGAGGAGAGUGCAGGUGUCAUACUGUGCUCCAGGAGCGCCGGGCAGAAGCACGCUAGCAGCGCUUAUCGCAGCGCAGAGGAUGAUGAGGAACAAUAGGAAAGGAUUGCUUCCAGAGCCAAACCCGGUGCAGAUUAUGAAGAGUUUUAACAAUCCAGCAAUGCUGCAAAUCCUCCUGCAGCCCCAGCUGCGUGGACACGCUGUCAAACCUGGAGUUCUGGGAGCAGCAGCAGGUUUGCCUCACCUUAUGAACACAGCAGUCAGCCCCCCUUUCCUGCAGCUGAAUAAAGUCCACCAGAAUUCAAUUCUGGGCAACACAAGUAACUUGCUGCUGCAGAGCCCUGCUCACCUCCCAUUGCCACAGCAGCAGCUGAUGAAGAUGGAGAACAUCCAGGCCAAUAGUAAACCAGGCUUGCUGGGGGAGCCUCCAACAAUGCUGCUGCAGACGGUGCUGGGAAUAGGGGUAAUGCCAUCAGUGGGCUCAGGCAUGGGAACCCGUGGAGAAGCUCUCAAGUCAGCAGCAGCAGCAGGGAUGGGCUUGUUGCCAUUCUUUCCAAAUCAGCACAUUGUUGGACAAGCCAUACCAGGGCAAAAUAAUGCUCCGGAUAAAGCACUGACUGCUGAAGGAGUCGUCUCGGGAUCGCAGCCUUAUCAUCAGGGUGUAACCAACAUUGCUGCAGGAGCCUUGCGGGCCGGCCACACCAAGCAACAGAAUCAACUGAACCAACUGAAAAGCACUGACACGAGUUUGGGGCCUCCUUCGAAAAAACAGACUUCUCUGCUAGGAGAACCGCCAAAAGAAAUCCGCCUUAGUACCAACCCUUACUUGAAUUUGGCAAGCGUGUUGCCUGGUAUCUGUCUUCCAGCAAUUGCCAGCAAAGCCUCGAGUCCACCACAGCAGAGCGGACUGUCCAACAACAUCGUGGAUGCUGCUGUGUCUCAGGGAACCGCAUCACAACAUGCAAUGGAAAAUUACUUUAAUUACUCUCAACAGCACGGGGAGUACACGCAGGAGGCUGCUCAGCAGUGGUAUGAGCAUUAUGCUCAGGCAUGUAACUCUACCCAGGCAAGAGCCGAUGAAUUUGGAAAUGAAGCCUCUGAGGUGGCUCCGGCGAGAAGCGAGAAGCGAGGCUCCUCGUACCUCAUUGCCUCCCCAGAAGCUGGCCCAGUGGAGUACCUUGGCCAGCACGCUCAGGGCUCCGCAGUGCGUUACGCCGAAUCCUCGCUGAAAAAAAAGCGCGUUUACUGAGACCCGACGAGUCAGCCCUGCCUUGAUAGGCGAAGGCAAGCCUUGCGUACCUCUGCUAUUUAUUGCUGCCUUAACUUCAGACAAAUAACUUCUCUUUCUCCGUGGGUUAUGAAUAUCCCAAGAGGAGCAACCCUGUGUAACAGGCAGGUUUGCCAAGUAAGUUGUAGGCGCCGAUACGCCGUUAGCCAUUUCUCAGUAGUCUGACUUGCCUUCUGGAAGGGUGGAUGGGUGUCCUUCAUCUGCCACCAAAGCGAACAGUGGGCUGAAGCCGACCCAGAGAGGUAACCAACUCACUCAGUAGUUCCUGGCAGCGUACAGCUGAAAGCAAUAAAAACACUGAGGGGGGGAACACGGAUUCUUUCUCUAGUCCUCAGGCUGAGGAAGUUAAAGACAAAGUCUUAAUAGUAACUCUCUUUCUUAUUUUUUUAACUCAAGAAUGUGGGUUGUUGUUUUUUUUUUUCAAUCUUGCUUAUCCCAGGAUUAAGAUUUCUGCAUUUACAACCCUUAUAUUUUUAAGAUUUCCUCUUAAUCCUGGAGUGGAGAUAUACCAAAUGUAUUCCUAGAGUCGCUGUGAUGUUUUCAAUAAAUGUUUGUUAAAAGCGAUCCUACGCAGCGUGCUGCCUUGCAGUAUGAGAUUUUAUUUGGACAGCUGCCAUUUGGCCAAUUAAGUAACCUUUAUCUGCGUUGGGCAAAGAAUCCACAGCUUUUCCUUGGAAUAGUUCAGUUUGUGAAUGGAGCUGUGUCACACAGCAAAGCACCAGCUCAAAAGAGCAAAAAGCAGCGGGCUCCUGAAAGCUCUGGAAGUGCACUUGGUGGUGUUCUGCAGCCGUCCUCCUUCCAGCAGGAAUGGGGUAGGUGAUGGGUGGAGAUGACAGAGAGGGGGAAUAUACACCACCUCUUAGGCUGUGCCUGAAUGCGGAUGAGCCACACGUAGAGCAGAAGUGCCCCUACAGCUCUCCUCGGCUGCCUUCUUCAGUUCUGCCUGCCUGCUCUCCUCUCUAUUUAUUUAUUUUUUCCAGCCAUCUUUAGACAUUUGCUGCAAUCCAAGCCCUGCUCGAGUGGAGCAUCCUGGCUCUAGUUCUCUUUGCUUCUUCCAGCUCGCCUGUCGUGUGAAGUUCUUAUCCAAAGAGAAGCCAUUCAUGUUCAGGUGGUAGGUGCUCAGCCCUGCACUGCUUUGCAGCCAGGUGGAUCUCAUUGUCUUUUUGUAUUUAAAAAGGACUCGGUAUUUUUGGCUCAUGAAUGAAGCACCUUCAGCUAGCCUUUCUUUUCUGCUGUUAUACUCCUCUUGCUGAAGAGUUAGCAAGCAUUAUUUGAAAUCCAUGUUUGUGAUGGCUAGACGUGGUGGGCAGGGGACCCUUGGAAUCCCAUUGCAGAUGGAUUUGGACCCGAUUCACUCAGUUCUGCCAUUAAGACUGUAAAAGCAGGCCUGAAUCUCUACUUUGGUAGACAGUACUGAAGACAUAUUUUUUAAUACUGAUUUGUGUUUAUUUUUUAUGAACAAUUUAAACUGUAUUUCAAGCUUUAGUGUGUGACCAGAAGAGAGAUUUUUUUUUCCUGGUUUUCUUUUUUUUAAACAUCAAAAUCUCUCCUCCCUCACUGGUGUUGUGUGGAUAGACAGCACGCACUGCAUACAGGUAGCAAAUGCCUAAGGCAGCCAAAUAGCAGCACGGUUAAUGGGAGACACGACGUUUUGGGGGGUGGGAUUCUUUAUGUAUUGAUAAGUUCACUUGUAAUAUUUUGUUCAAACUGUUUGUAUACGAACUUUCUUAAUUUGUUACCCUUUUCAGUGAAAAUAAAGUGUUUGGUACACGUUUA